AUGAAUAGUGAACUAAGGAAAAUUGUACAUACAUAUGGAAUUGAAUAUAUAUGCGAAAAAAAGAAAAAACAACAUAUUCUUUUAUAUAUAAUAAUAUUAUUUUCUAUAUAUUAUAUAUACUACUUAUAUUUGGGAUAUAAAAAAGGCAUUCUUAUUAUCAAUGAAGUUCAAAUAUUUAUUUUAUGUUUCUACAUAUUGCUAAUCAUAGCAUAUUUAAACAAUUAUAGCAUUGAGAAAUUAUUUUUAAUAAAUAAUGUUGGCAUACAAAUUGAGAAAAAUAGUUGGCUGCACCAUUCUCUAAAAUUUGUUUGUAUAAGCGAUGUAAAAAGAAUUUUCAUUAAUGAAGCGAUAUACAUUUUUGAAAUAUGCCCAAACCUAUGCAUUGUCCUUAAAAAUACAAAAUCCCUAGUUCUUUUCGAGGAUUAUCGCUUAGGAAUUAAAAACUUGGUUAUGAUUUAUAGAGACAUAAAAGGUGUUGUUUUUGGUGAACAUAAUUUAGAAUUGAAAAAUAUUAAAGCUGUGGAUGUAGAAGAGAAAAAUAAUGAUAUAGUAAGAGAGCAAGAGGAAGGAUAUAAAGAGAAAAAUAUUAUUGAUGAAGAAAGUAAUUCAUUAUCAAGUAAUACAUGUAGUUCGAACAAUAGUUAUGUAAAUAAUGAUAAUAUUUAUAAAUUUAUCCAAUCAAAUUGUUUUGAAAAUUGUAUAAUUAAAAAUAAAAUUAAUAAAAAUAAUAUAAUGAAGACAUUUGACGUGCAUAUUAGUAAAAAGUUAGCUCUUGAAAUUAUGAAUAGCUAA